AGGUGGGAGGAAGUGCGGAGGGAAGCAUCCGGCAGCAGCGUGCGUCUUCCUCCACCCAUAGGUGGACUUCUCUUCUUCUGCUGUGAGUUAAAAAGUCCGCCUCUUACCUGACGCGUCCCUCCUUCGGCGGACCAGGACGCCGUUCCGACCCGGACUCGUCGCGCGUCUCCGUCGGGGCGUUGUGCGGCUGGCUGCGUCCCGCUCCUUGGUUGUGCGCCGCCGCCGCCGCCGCCGCGUGUGGUAGUCCGGCCGGCGGGCCGGGGGGCCGGCGGGUAAAGAUGGACAGCAGCUUUGCGCCGCUGGAGAAGCCGUUCGAGGCAAGAAUUACCCCAGAGCCAGUGGAAGACAUCGAUCCUAGCAGCUUUAUGGCAGAGAUCUCUAUGGGAGCCAACUAUCCAGUUCAAGUGACAGAUCCUCAUGACGCAGUGACGCUCCAUCUGAGCUCUAUGCCUCCCGAAUACUUCACACCGCCCACGGACCGGAUAAGACAGCCAGUGGAGGAUGGCGAGGAUUGCAUAUACACGUCUAUUUCACCAGACCUUCCCAAGGAGCUGCAGUUUCUCGACAGUUCGUGUGACAAGUGCUGCUGUCCUCCGCCUCCUCCCAAGAUCAGCGACCUUAUGAAUGACAAAGACCUUCUGGACUCAUUACGACUCAAAUUGGACCCGAACCACUGCACCAUCAAGAACUGGAAGAACUUUGCCAGUCGCUGGGGCAUGAGCUACGAUGAACUGACCUUGCUGGAGCACCAGACCAAAGGCUCCCUGUCCCACAGCCCCACCCAGGAGUUCCUGCUCCGAUACAACCAGAAAACGGUGACUGAGCUCACCGAGCUGUGCCGGAUCUACCAACGCAUCGAUGUGCUGCAACUGCUGCAAAGCUGGAUAGAGAAAGACUGGCCCUCACGCUGGCAACAGACUCAUUAACCAGGGACGCUCAAGGGUUCGAAUCUAGGACCUCUAUGUUUUCUUUCUCGUCCGCUUAUUCUGUUAUACUGGGAACUACCAAGAUGUCUGCUCAGUGAUGACACGUUUGCAUAAUUUUGGUUUAAACAUUGUUUUUUGGUAGCCGUUUCCAGAGUUAGGCCAGGUACGACGAUUCGUGACAAAAGAAAAAAGGCAUGUUAUGUGACCGAUGUUGAGAACGUCUGCAGCGCUGUGUGCUUUCAUUUCACCUCCAGUCGCCCUUUGGUUGACAAAGUGUUUUUGAGAUGCGAAAUCAACAGAACAUAGGACGUCAAGGCUUUUGGGAAUUCUGGUGUAGCUUCUGAAGAUCCUUCAUUUCCAAUGGAAGCUCUGAAGCAGGACAAGCAGCACAUGUGUUUGAUCGUUUUGUAAUUGACAGCUGCCACUAAUGUUGAAUAUUACUGGGGGAAAGAUAACUGUAGACAAAUGGGUUACUUUGUGUCAAAAUUGGGAGAUAAUAUCUGUUGUCCUUGGCAGGCGGACAGCCUGGGGGGGGGGGGGUGUCAAUCUGCUGGACCUGUCCGCCUCGGGUUUGCUGUGCACUUGUGUGACUAUGAUGGAGAACUGCUCAUGUUUCUCGUGGUGCAAAAAAAUGUUUGUUCUUGCCAUCACCGCUCCCUCUUCAUUCACUCCAGCUCGCUUGACCAACACCGCCUCCUGUCGCUGCCCGAUCUGAGUCAG